GAGAGGGAGUCGAUCGCGGUCCCUGCUCACAGACUGCUGAAGUGCUUAGUCGGACUUUAUUGUGUGUGAGAUGUUUCACCGCCUCUCUCUGUGACUAUUGUUUGUGUUAAACGUCAAUCAAGAUGAUCAGCAUGGACAAACUUCCCAACUGAGAGUCAACUGCUUGAAAGAGAUUUUGUUUUGUUUCCUGCCUCUAGUGCUCCUGGGUUAACUUCACUUCCUGCCCUGGUGUGGUUUCCCUGUGAGUUUGAUUGGCUGCCGUGUCCCUGAUUGUUUCCACCUGUGUCCAAUCACCUGCACCCUCCCAGUGUAUUUAAACCAGAUGAUCAGUAUGGACGAACUUCCCAACUGAGAGUAGACUGCUUGAAAGAGCUUUUGUGGUGGUUGAAGAAAGAAAUGACAUUCCUCAAGCUGGUGGUGUCUUUCCAUCUCCGAGUCAUCUGAAAUUAAUGACCCUACACCAGCUGACCACCAUGAAUACCUCCGCCCAGCCAUUCGCCAACAACACCCCACUAUGCUACUCCAUAAACAGCCCUCCAUUCGUGUACCAACCUAACAUCGCGUCGGCCUACUUCUCGUCCAUCUUCACCACUUUGGGCGUUACCUCCAAUCUCAUCGCUUUCGUAGUUCUCGUCAAGUCCUUCCGUCGGACACACAGCCGCUCACGCUCCUUCCUGAUCUUCCUGGGCGGCCUGGUGGUCACCGACGCCAUGGGUCUUCUGGUCACCGGCUUCAUCGUGAUCUCCUUCCAUGUUACGCACUUCAAUUGGCGCCUCUUAGAUCCAAAAUGCCACUUCUGCAACUUUAUGGGCAUAUCCAUGGUCUUCUAUGGACUGUGUCCACUGAUGCUUGGUGCCACCAUGGCCACGGAGCGCUUCAUGGGCAUCAACUGUCCCUUUGCACACACCACCAAUAAGCCCAAGAGCCGGACGGUCUCCAUGGUGUUGAUGGUGUGGUUGACCGCUGGCUGCAUAGCUCUUCUGCCCCUAACAGGCAUUGGAAGCUACCACAUGCAGAUGCCUGGCUCCUGGUGUUUUUUCAACAUCAGCUCAGAGGGAAGUAACCUGGCCUUCUCCCUGCUCUUCUCACUGGUCGGGUUGAUGUCCAUUGCUGUGUCCUUUUUGCUGAACACGGUCAGCGUUGUGACCCUGAUCAAGGUGUGCUGUGGACAAGAUAGGACCCAGCGUAGACGAGACCACGAAAUAGAGAUGAUGGUCCAGCUCAUCCUCAUCAUGGUCAUUGCUUCCAUCUGCUGGUGCCCCAUCCUGGUCUUUAUUGCACAAACUGUGCUGUCUGGCAGAGCCCUCGAGAUCAAACUCCUACUGCUGUGGCUGCGAUUCGCCAGCUUCAACCAGAUCCUGGAUCCGUGGGUAUACAUCCUGUUUCGAAGGGCAGUUCUCAAGCGAAUCUACCCCCGCCUCAACUGGUCUCGCGGCUCCAUCAUGACCAUGAACCCGUCUUUCAGCGAUACUCUCCGGAGGCUCACGCGUUCUUCCCUUGGGAACAGCCGGGGACCGGAUGAAGCGACAGAGGCCCAAAAAUCAAAUGUAAAACCCCCAUCUACAUUGAAGCAACCACCUGCUUCUCCGUGAUUGUUUGGACUGAAGCUGUGGCAUCAGAUGGAGUGCCAUUGUUAGUGUUGCCUCUAAAAGCUUUGAUUCAUGUUAAACCGCUGCCAGCAUGAGAAACAAGGUUGAACCAAUGAUCUGAAACAAUUGAAUCUUGUUCUUUUUGAUGCAUAUCAUUGAAAUAUUGCGCAUUUAUUAAGCAACACUUUAAUAUCGAGCACAUUAUAAGAGCAGCGGCUGAAAUACAUUUUUGUAAACUGUGCUUUACACUCCUUUUUCUACAGUGGGUAUGAAGAAUCGUUACCAAUUUUUUUUGUAACUGAGUCUGUUGCCUGAAACAUUUUAUCUGCAUAAACAAGCCUAACUAAAUGUAUUUCAUGACCAUUGCCAUUUAUUUUAUUGUCUCCAGGAGAAUCAUUUAAUCAACUGUCAUCUUUUCAAGAGCUUUUCUUUCCUGCUCUGCACCGCCCUUCACUGCUCUGUGACUCCUCAGCCAUGAAGCUCCUGGCCGGUAGUGAUAACGCCGUUGAGUUUGUCACCAACAGCCGCAUCUGCUUUCCUGUGUUAAGACACCAAGGAGGGGAGUUCAGUUUGCUCAGUGCUUUUGCAGGGUAGGCUCUGCUAACUGCUUGAUAGGUAUUUCUGCUGCCUUAUCGAGCGGUGAGAACAAACCACAGACAAGUCGUAUAUAUUUCACUUUGCAAAGGGGAAGCCCAACCACACAGCGUAUGCAGUGUCGACUUCCGACAAACUUCCCUUUACAUCAGCCUUUUAUUCGCAUCCUUCACACAUACACAACAACAGGGUGGAACACGGGGGCGGGGGCUAGCUCUGUGUUCUAGAGGAGUGCAGAGUUCAUAUGUAUUGAUAUCUACUCCUGUGUCAGGGGUGCAGAGUUCUUAUGCACGUGCUUUUGUGCACAACAUCCUGUGUUACAGUCAGCUGGUGCUGUACCACUCCCCAGCUGCAUGUGAUAAAUUUGUUCCAAAAGAUGUUCCAAAAGCAUAAUAAUCACCCACUGUGCCCUAUCGUCUGCCGUGCCGUGGACACAGAGGGGGGGGGCGGGGGUGUGUAUGUUGGGAAACCCUUAAACUGCUAACAGAACUACCAGGAGGCGCACGCACAUCAGACAGUGCGAAGCAGACAACUCAAUGAGUUUCUAAGGGGUCUAUAUCCGACAUCUUUGAUCGGCCCUACUGAGUGCAAUUUCUAUUUUUUUUAUUUUUGUUUCUUUUGCUUAUGUCAAACAAAUGUUUUUAGAUUUUAUCUUUGAAGAAUACCGUUAUUUUAACCGAACAGAAGGCAAAUUGACAGUUAUUUCUUAUGAAUCAAACUUGUAAUCCACUGAUAUAGAAUAGAGUCCCAGCACACCAACAAAAUGCACAUACAUUUUCUAAAACUGACUCAAAGGGAUCUACAUGCACUGAUGUUUAUGCAGGAACUGCUCUGUCAGCAGUUUAACUAAACAACUUGUUUUGAAGUGGUUCUAUAUUAUGUUAUCUGACCCUUUACACUCAUAUGCUUAGAUGCUCCUGUGUGUCAUGAGACACAGUAACAGUUAAUUAAAUGGGUAUACAGACUCAUGCUAAGUAUGUAUUAUUUAUUUAUUUUGGAAGGGACCUUGAAAAUGUUUGGAAAAGACCUUGAAUGUUGAAAGGAACAGUGUCAGUGAAACAUUUCAUCCUCAAUGAUACAUAAUCGUUCACAGGGGCUGAGGGGAAGAUCCUUUUUUAAAAUAAAAUGUAUGUGCUAAAAGUUAAGGCAUUCAAACACUUUACAUUUAAAUGUUUACACUAAACAAAACCAUUUAUUUUCUGUGUUAAAUGUUAUGGCAUUUUAUAAUGCAUGUAAAUCAAAUCAGCCUGUCCAUCCCCAUGAAAGAGAUUAAAUAUUUCCUCUGUCAAUGAAAAUGUUCAUGUGUCAUUCAUUUCCACUGUCAACUUAAAAAAUGCAAUAAAAAUAUAAUACCAUUAAAAUGUUUUGUUGGAUGACAGGUCAUGUAUACAUACAUAUCUGGUAAAUAGAAACUGUCAGUCUAUAUUUCUAUGUAAAUUAGAGAUUAAAUAUAGAGAUAGAGAUCUGUCAGUGUUUAAUAAAAUAAUACUAUAACCUGAUGACUGUACAUAAAAGUAUCUUUCCAUUUGUUCCUUAUAAUCUUUUCUUACUUCUUACCUCUCCUCUGGGCCUCACUGAAGUGCAUAGUUUAUUUAUGUAUCUCUUGAGGCCUCUCGAGAUGUUUAACUAAAAUGUCAAGUAGUUAUCAACUCUAAGGGUGUUUAUAACACUUAACAGGAGGAGGGGGAUUAUCCAUUUGUUGCAUAAUCCGUUCAACCAGAAUAUUCUGGUAGUGUAAUGACAACAUUAUAGCAAUUAUACAAUAUUUAUAAUCAAGCUUGUGCGGUCAUGUUUUGCUCUAAUUGAUAAUCCAGUUGUUCAUGUUGAUCGGUUUUGAACAUUAUUUUAUCAGUCAUAUUGGAAACUCAAUUACUAGAAUUUCCUAGAUUGAUCACCAAUAAUUUGUGCCUUGCUUUAACCACGUAGGCGUUUCAUCCAGUAAAGUGAAUAAACAUUGAAUGUGCUCCACAGAACGGCAUGUGAUUGUGCAUGUAAAUAAAGGCUUGAA